AUGGACAACGGGUCCCGAUCAACGAAUACCCAGGAAAUACAUGCGCCAACUUACAACGAGUUAUUCAGUCAGGCUGAAUCGUUGAGGAAACGAUUAGAGGCCUUGGAGAAGAAACUCCCGGACGUCGACUCGAAGCCGGCGGAGGAUCCUGUACCGCGCCAAUGCAACGAUUACCGGCUGUUACCAGACCUGAAUAGAACCGUUCCCGUAUUCACCGGCCAUGAAUCGAGCUGUGAAGCGGAAGAUUGGAUAAACACCGUCGACGCCUUGGCGGGAAUAAAUAAUUGGCCGGUGCCGUAUCGACUGCAGUAUGCGAAAUCGUAUAUGUCAAAUGCGGCUCGCAGCUGGUUUAUGACCGAGAGUUUCCGCGAUUGGGUGGACUUUAUGUCUAAGUUCCGUGCCACAUUCGUCAGGAAAUUGAGGAUGUCCGAUAGAUGGGAAAGUAUGACCGGUCGCCGGCAGGGUGACUCGGAACACGUUGCUGAUUAUUUUUACGACAAGUUACGGCUCUGUCAAGCCCUCAACCUGUCUUUCUAUGAGAUUCGCGACCACAUUGUCCUCGGUAUCCAUUCGCAUGAGCUCGCGGUGUAUGCGAUGAGCAGGCACCACACGACAACCGCCGCGCUCCUGGCUGACCUACAAGAAGGUGGGCGAUUGUUUGAACUCCGCAGGGCGCAGAGUGCUGCUGUGAAACCGCUCGAGGAUAAGAGUUGGAGGUCAUUUCCGAAAACACAACCGAAAACUGCUGCACCAGCUCCGGCUGCAGUAGUACACAACUCAAACGUCACCGCCAUUAAAUCCAUGUCGAUCGGGGAAUCGACUACUGUCCGUUGCUACAAUUGUAACGCGAAUGGGCAUAUCGCGCGGGACUGCCCAAAACCGCGAAAACCGUGCUCCGGCUGUCAAUCUACUGCUCAUACGCGUAGCCGUUGCCCCGGGAAGCCGGCGCAAGCUAUGCUGGUCGGGCCGUUACCGACAGUACCACAGAACAGUUUCAUCAAGGACUUAAUGUUUAAUGAGGUCCGGGCAACCUGUCUAAUCGACACGGGUUCGUCCCACGUUUUGGUACGUACCAGUCUCGUUCACCGUUCCGCGGUCACCGUACGUUGGACACCGCGCCCGUUGUACACUGUCGGCGAUACACAUCACCCCGGCGCGGUUACGCUGGGCGAGGCCACGGCCGAUAUUACUGUGGACGGAGCACUGGGCGCCGACCACCCGGUACUCGUGGUGAGCGAUCAAUCGAUACCCGUAGACGUGAUUGUAGGCCGCUCAUGGCUGAACCUGCCGCAUAUGGGGUUCUACAAAACCAAUAAUCAGUUCAUAAUCGAGACGGUAAAUACGAUCAGUCCGACCGCGGCAACGGAGUCGUCCGAAAUACGAACCGCGCUGGUCAGCGCUGAACAACCGCCAGUGUUGCCGAUAUUGUUCUCCGAUAUAAACAUUGACGCCCAGGUAUCCGAGACCGAACGACCGAACUUGGCUGCACCACUCGCUGAACUGGAUAUCGUGGGGGUAGACGGCAGUGUCCCGGUCCGACAAGCGCCGUACCGCACCUCACCGUCAGAUCGACGGAUGAUUUCGGAUAUAUUAAACGGAUGGAGAGCCGCAGGAAUCAUCUCAGAUUCAACAUCGCCGUACGCUAGCCCGGUCUUGCUUGUCGACAAAGGAGGCACCGAGAAACGCUUAUGUGUUGACUACCGACGGCUCAACCUCCAGACUCAAGAUCAGCCUUACCCGAUGCCAGAUAUUGAUGAUUUGCUAUCACGCCUAGCCGAGGGACGUAUUUUUUCCACCUUAGAUCUGUCAAAUGGGUUCCUGCAGAUCCCGCUAAGUGAUGAUGCCAAACUCAAGACCGCGUUCGUAACAGAAGAAACUACCGCGAAGUUUGAACGUAUGCCAUUUGGUUUGAAAGGCGCGCCGGGGUUGAAAAUGGAUGGCAGCUGA